AUGGUCUCUCUCUCUCUCUCUCUCUCUCUCUCUCUCCCAGAUCUCAUUGGGAGUGUGAGCAUCACUACUCCAGAGCAGACAAUUCAGGAAGCUCGAGGGGAAAUUGUUCAUCUGCCCUGCAUGUUCACCCUUAGCCCUGAGGACCAAGGACCACUGGACGUCGAGUGGCUUCGGCUUUCAGGACCUAACAAUGAAGCAAUAGACCAUGUGGUUAUUUUGUAUGCUGCAGAUAAAAUUUAUUCUGACUUCUAUCAAGACCUGAAAGGACGAGUGCAUUUUACAAGCAAUGACGUCGUGUCUGGUGACGCAUCCAUAAAAAUAAGAAAUGUUCGUCCUGCAGACAGUGGCACCUACCAGUGCAAAGUGAAAAAAGCCCCUGGUGUUGCCAAGACAACCGUUCAGCUGACAGUUAUUGAUAUCACUGGGAGUGUGAACAUCACUACUCCAGAGCAGACAGUUCAGGAAGCCCAAGGGGAAACUGUCCAUCUGCCCUGCAUGUUCACCUAUGUCUCCAAGGACCAAGGACCACUGGACGUCGAGUGGCUUUGGCUCUCAGGACCUAACAAUGAGGUGAUAGACCAUGUGAUUAUUUUAUAUUCUGCAGACAAAAUCCAUGACGACGUCUAUCCAGAUCUAAAAGGACGAGUGUAUUUUACCAGUAAUGACAUCAGGUCUGGUGACGCAUCCAUAAAUAUUACAAACGUCCGGCUCUCGGACGUUGGCACCUAUCAGUGCAAGGUGAAAACGUACCCUGGCAUCGUCAACAGGAACCUCCAGCUGGCUGUCACUAAUAUCCUUGGGAAUGUGAGCAUCACUACUCCAGAGCAGACAAUUCAGAAAGCCGAGGGAACUGUCCAUCUGCCCUGCAUGUUCACCGUUAUCCCUGAGGACCGUGGACCACUGUUCAUUGACUGGAUACAGCUUACCGGACCUCAGAAUGAGGUGGCGAACCGCAUGUUUAUUGUAUAUUUAGCAGACAAGGUUUACGACAACUUCUAUCAAGACAUGAAAGGACGUGUGCACUUUACAAAUAAUGACGUCAGGUCUGGUGACGCAUCCAUAAAUAUAACUAAUGUUCAGCUCUCUGAUACUGGCACCUAUCAGUGCGGAGUAUCCCAUGACUUUGGUUCAGCCAAGAGGACCGUUCACCUGACAGUUGUUGGUGAAGAGCUGGGUGUUCAGGAUACUGGGGCUGGAACAGAGGAGGAAAACCGAUGGACUGGAGAGGCCGGUGGAUAUCGGGCAGUGAUGCUACAGCCCUUGUGUCGCUGUUUUAUCCUUAAAAUGAGGGAUGAGAUGGGCUGGGAUGUGGUGCAGCCCUCGCUGAUGGACCUCAAGUUCAGGAAGUGGAAAGGCGAUAGUUCGCAGUACACUGGAGCUUCUUACGUAGCAGACUUGAUGCAGGCGGAGGGUGGCUGGUGCUCUGUUAUGGCGGUUUAA